UUGUGGGGUUUACAAACAACUAGCAAAGCAGACUUGAGAAUAACUUUGUGAAGACUUUGGUGUAGAGGAAGAAAACUUUGUGAAAGAGCAAAGCAACAAUGGCGGAUCCUGUAAUUGGUGCUACUGUUCAAGUUUUUCUUGAGAAGCUGCUUUCUCUCACUAUUGAGGAAGUCAAAAGUUUAAAGAACUGCAAGAAAGACCUCAAAAUGCUGAAAAAAACUGUAACGAUGAUACAAGCUUUCAUUCAUGACGCUGAAAGACGACAAGUUGAGGAUCAGACUGUGGAAGAAUGGCUCAAGAUGCUUGAGAAAGUUGCUGAAGAUGCCGAAAAUGUGUUUGACGAAUUCAGAUAUGAAUCUCUCAAAGCAGAAGUUAUGAAGAUCCGGAACAAACCGACGAAUAAGGUCUGUAACUUCGUUUCUAAUACAGUUUUAAAGUGCAAAAUGUCUCGAAAAAUCAAAAACAUCAAUGAAGAGUUGAGUGCUAUCAAUAAGUUAGCCAAAGACCUCGGUCUCCAACCCCCAACAGGUCCUUCUCGCCAAAUACUACCAAUUCGAGAGACAGAUUCUGUGGUAGUUGCUUCUGAUGUUGUUGGUAGAGACCAGGAUGUUGCUGAAAUAAAGGAGAAGAUGUUGAACAUGAGAGAGGAUGUUGUUCUGUGCACCAUUCCCAUAGUCGGUAUGGGAGGUUUAGGCAAAACAACUGUGGCAAAGAGAAUUUUUAAUGAUGAACAGAUCAAGCAACAGUUUGAAAAGAGAGUCUGGUUGUGUCUACCUGAAAUGUUAGAAACUAAGAGCUUUCUUGAAUUGAUGCUCGAAUCAUUGACGGAAAGGACACUUGAGGUCCGAAGCAGGGAUACAAUAGUCAAGAAGCUACAAGAUGAAUUGAGAGGGAAGAAGUAUUUGCUUGUCCUGGAUGAUUUGUGGCAUGUCGACCCUACAUUGUGGCAUGAGUUUGUGGACACUCUGAGAGGAAUAAAUACAUUCAGAGGAAACUGCAUUCUUGUGACUACUCGUAGGGAUCAGGUGGCAUCCUCAGUAGCAGCAGAUCCUCAUAAGUUGAAAAAUUUAACAGAUGAUCAUUGUUGGUCCAUUUUCAAACAAAGAGCAUUUGUUGAUGGGGAGGUUACAGAGGAAUUAGUGAGCAUGCAUAACAAGAUUGUUGAAAUGUGUAAAGGUCUACCAUUGGCAGCAAGUGUGUUGGGAGGCCUAUUACGCAAUAAGGAGAAACAUGAAUGGCAGACAAUUCUUGAGGGCAAUCUCCUUGUUGCGGGUGAAGAUGAUACUAGGGAAAAUAGGAUUAAAAAAAUCCUAAAACUCAGUUAUGAUUAUCUACCAUUUCCACAUCUGAAAAAAUGUUUUGCUUACUUUGCAAUGUUUCCAAAAGAUUUUGAGUUUGAAAAGGACCAACUAAUCCAACUCUGGAUGGCAGAAGGAUAUCUUCGUCCUUGUCAAGAGACCACCUUGAUGGAAGACGUCGGCAACAAGUUUUUUCAAAUUUUGUUGCAAAAUUCCUUGCUGCAAGAUGUUGAGCUAGAUGAGCACAACAAUAUAACACAUUGUAAGAUGCAUGAUCUUGUGCAUGAUUUGGCUGAAGAUAUUUUAAAAUCUAAACUAUUUGAUGCGAAGACGGAUGGUGGAGAUAAUCUUUCUCAAGUUCGAUACUUUGGAUGGAACUCACCAAGAGAUCAAAUAGAGAAGAUUAAUGAGCCCGGACGUUUAUGCACAUUGUUCUGGAAAAUCAGUGAUAUGUCUGAAGAUCUGCUAUUGAGAUUUCAGUUCUUGAGAGUUUUAAAUUUGUCCCAGUCAGGCAUCAAGGAGUUGUCAGCCUCAAUCGGCAAGUUAAUAUACUUGAGAUAUCUUGAUCUCUCUUUCACUGACAUCGAAGCCUUACCCAACUCCAUUUGCAAGCUCUACAAUUUGCAAACGCUUAGAGUCUAUCACUGCGAUGACCUCCAGGAGUUUCCAGAUGAGACGGAACACAUGAUUAGUUUGCGACACAUAUAUUACGACUCUCAUUGUCAAAUACUUAACAUGGGGAAAUUGACUUGUCUUCAAACGCUACAGCAUUUCAAUGUGGGUGUAGAGAAAGGUCGUCGAAUAGAAGAAUUAGGUCAUUUGAAAAACCUUAGAGGUAAACUGACGAUCGUGGGUCUGCAAUUGGUCCCUAAUAGAGAAGAAGCGGGAAGAGGAUACCUACAGGAGAAACCUACGAGCUGGCAUAUUCAUGGUCCAAUCAUGGAUGUGAAAUCGAUGACGAGUCUGUUUUGGAUGGUCUUCAACCGCAUCCUAACUUGAAAACCUUUAAAGUGAGGGGCUAUUUGGGGAGUAGAUUUCCUUCAUGGUUCAAUGAAGAAUUUCUACCAAAUUUGGUCAAGUUGGAAUUAAGUGGCUGCAAAAAGUGCAAAGAAAUUCCAUCACUUGGCCAACUGAAACUCCUGCGGCAUCUUGAGUUGUUAGAGUUCGAUGAGUUGGAACGCAUUGGACCUUCAUUUUAUGGUGUUGAGCUUAACAAUAAUGCCAAUAUCAAAGUGUUCCCAUCACUUAAAAAGCUGGUAUUGCUCAGCAUGCCUAGCCUCAUUGAGUGGAAGGGAAUGGAAUUGAUACCAACAAGAAAUGGCGGUCGAGACAGAGUUGGAGUAAGAAUGUUUCCUGCGCUUGAGAAGUUGAGCAUUCGCAACUGUCAGCGGUUAAAAAGUACUCCAAAUCAAUUUGAAGUGCCAUUGUUGACCUUGUGCAGCAACUUGACAUCUCUUGUAGAGAUUAGUGUCUAUGAUGUGAAAGAGCUCACUUGUCUUCCAGAUGAGAUGUUGUUACACAACAACAGUUUUUCCCUUCAACAUCUAUAUGUCUCAAGUUGCGAAAAGUUUCGUGAAUUGCCACAAAGUUUGUACAAUCUCCAUUCUCUUAAGAGCUUAGAGAUUAUUGGGUGCAACAAUUUCAGUUCCGUUCCUGUUCCCAGUGGAGAGAAUCAUUUGACCAGUUUACCAAGUGGAAUGCUAGAGCAUUGUCGGUCUCUGGAAUCUUUGACCGUCAGCGGCUGCAACAACUUAGUUUCCUUGCCUUUACAAAUGCCUUCACUUUCAUAUUUAAGUAUAUCAGAAUGUCCCAAGUGUACCCGCAGGGGGGCUUCGCCAUCUCACUGGGUUAAGGUAUUUGUAUAUAGGUCCUUUCUCAGUGUUGGUGGAUUUUGAGGCAUUCCAAUUGAUGUUUAAUGGCAUUCAGCACCUAUCGUCCAUUGUGGGUGUACGGACGUGCAUAUUUGAUUUCGGAAUCGAGUCCCUUCCUCAGAGCCUUGACAACCUUACUUCUCUUGAAAGUUUAGUGCUUCACAGCUGCCAACGGCUACAACAUGUGGACUUCUCAGGUGUCAUGCCCAAAUUACGGAGACUGAACAUCUUUAAUUCUCCAUUGUUAGAAGCUCUGUCGGGUCGGGUCGGCUCGUCAACCUUUGUUUCUUUGGAAGAGUUAAUUUUGUGGGGCUGUGAAAAACUACAAAUUAAUGGAUGCCCACAGCUAGAAGAAAGUUGCACCAAUCGGAGUGCCCCAAACUCCCAGUGGUCCAACAUUUCCCAUAUUAAAGUAAUUGACAUUAAUUGGACUAACAUUCAGAACUUAAGUGACUAGAUCAAAUAUCAUGCUACAAGGUUGCUGUAGCACUCUCUCCUGAGCAUGGAAUAUGUGGGGACAGAUUGGAAGAUUAUGCACAGUGGUGCCUUUGGAGACUAUGAUGGCACAAAGCUCAAAUUCAAGAUUCAUGGUUGAAACAACAGCAUGGACUUUGUCAAAACGGUAGACUGGUAAAGACUUCUCUUAGAUGUGAUAGUGUCAUGAUUGGGAAGGGAAAUUGCAAUUCUUAUAGGGUGCGGCCCUUCUACGGAUUCUGCGCGAUCGCGAGCACCGGGCUGUUUUUUUCCCCCCUUAAAUUUGCACUUGGCUGAAGCUGGAUUAGAGACAUUAUUUCUUUGUAUGUGGAAAAUUCUGGACUAAGAUUUGAUAUCAGAGGCCUUUCGUGCACAGUGUACAUGCUACACCGGCCUCUUCUUAUAAACAGAAAUUUUUGUCUCCACCAAACAGUUUAAACUUUUAGCACUUAUUUACUCACACUUCAGAACGAACGCCAUUUCACUCUUUGAUUGAUUCGAUGAGCUGCUCUUUGAUUCCUAUGACGAAACGUCAUAGAUGAUGAUUUGCAGUUGUGUUAACUAUGGUGCUUUUUUGGGUAUGUGAAAAGGAAAAGGAAGUGGAUUUAGUUUAAUUUGAUAAUCAACUUGAUUAUUUUCAAACCAUUGAUUUAAGUGUAUUUUGAUUUUAAGUUUCUUGUACCAGUGAGCUUUUUCGAGUUUGUAUUAGUAAACAUGAACAAGUGACGUGUUAAAAUUGGACUAGUGAAGUGCAAACGGCUCAGCAUCUGGACUUCUUAGAUGACAUGCCCAAAUUACGGAAUCUGGAGAUCGAUGAUUGUCCAUUGUUAGAAGCUCUACCAGAUGGGCUCGUCAACCUUGUUUCUAUAGAAGAGUUAGUUUUAUUGAACUGUGAAAAACUACAGCAUCUGCCAUCUGGAGAUGCUAUGCGACGCCUCACCAAAUUAGUGUAGCUGGUAAUUGAAGACUGCCCACUGUUAGAAGAAAGUUGCAGCAAUCAGAGUGGCCCAAAGUCCCAGUGGUCCAAGAUUUCCCAUAUUCCAGAAAUUUACAUAGGGGCACAGAUUGGAACAUUGUGCAGAGUGGUGUCUUUGGAGACUGUGAUUGCACAAAGCUGGGAAAUUAGUAUACUCGGAGAACAGGUAUAGGAGGGAUAAUAAGAGACUCGAAUGGAGAUCUCCUCACGGCUUUCUCAACACCUGUUCAAUGUAAAAGCAACAAUGAGGCAGAAGCUGUAGCAGUUAAACUUGGUGGAGAACGGUGUAUACAGCUAGGCUACACCAGAUUUCAUCUAGAGCUUGAUUCUCUGAUUGUGGCCAACAUAAUUACAGAAGGAUGUACCAACAAUGCAAAGAUGAAGCAGAUCAUCAGAGAUGCCAAAAGAAGUAUCAACCAUGCAGAAGUUGUGGUCUCUCACUGCUAUAGAGAAGCCAAUCAGGUGGCUGACGCUUUAGCCGAAAGAGCUGCAAUCACUGGAAGCAGUUCCUAUUUCUACUAUUUUCAGAAUCUCCCUAAAAAAGCUAGAGGUCCUUUCCUACUGGAUAAAUGGAAAUUGCCUAGUAUAAGAAGUAGAUUCAUGGUUGAAACAAACAGCAUGGACCUUGUCGAAAUCGUAGGCUGUAAAAAACUUUCUUAUAUGUGUUUCAGUGUCAUGAUUGGCAAGGGCAAUUGCAUUUGGCUGAAACUGGAUGGAGAUUAUUUCCUUGUAUAUGGAAAAUCCUGGACUAAGAUUUGACAUCAGAAGCCUUUCUUGCACAGUGCACAUGCUACACCUGCCACUUAUAAAUACUACUUACUAGUUUCCGGCACGUGCACGUGUAUGCCGAGCCAUGUAAUAUAUAUAAUUUUUGUAAAACAACAUUAAUAUUAUUAAAAUAAGUCUUUGAGUAAGUAAAUA